GGAUAUACAACAAGAAAAGUUCAGCGUGCAAAAUUCUGAAUCAUGGAAAUGCUCAAAUACUGAUUUAGAAGCACAGAUUGAACAGGCGGAAUCUCAGAUUGCAUUGCUAACUCAGUUAACUGGCAUUGGCUUCACUAAAUGCAUCAUGACAACAAUGGGAAAAGGUGAUGACAAAAGAAAACAAUACAGACUGUCAGGCUAUAGUCAUUCCCUGCAGUUUGACCUUGAAUUUGAACUUCUAAAGGUUCAAGCUGAAGAAAAUGUCAUAACUACCGUUACAGAACUGAACGUUAUUUUGGAAUCAAAUGAGUUUUGUGAUUUGAGCCGAUUCAUAUCUCGCUGGCGCCCUCCAUACCAGGCAACAUCCUGGUGAACCUCCUCUGCACCCU